AUGGCCGGACAAAUGGCAGUGCUGGGUUCAGCUAUUCUGGCUCUCUUGUUAGCUGGCUAUCUAGCACAGCAAUAUUUACCAAUGCCUACACCAAAAAUAAUUGGGAUUGACCUUGGCACAACUUACUGCUCUGUUGGCGUCUUUCUUCCUGGAACGGGGCAGGUGAAGGUUAUUGCAGAUGAAAAUGGGCACAACAGCAUACCAAGUAUAGUCUCUUUCACAGAGAGAGAUGUGUAUGUAGGAUAUGAUGGCCUAGAACUGGCUGAUUCGAAUCCACAGAACACCAUAUAUGAUGCAAAAAGAUUUAUUGGGAAAAUCUUUUCUUCAGAAGAACUGAAGAGUGAAAGUAGCAGGUAUCCCUUUAAGAUUUUCAACAACAAUGGAUCAGCUGAAUUUUCUGUGACAACUAAUGAAACCUUCCAUGUCACUCCAGAGCAUAUUGGUGCUCAGCUGCUACUGAAAUUGAAGAGAAUGGCAGAAGACUCUCUUGGCAUGCCCAUUUCAAAGGCAGUCAUUUCUGUGCCAGCAGAGUUUGAUGAAAGGCAGCGGAAUUCUACCAUUAAGGCAGCUAACCUUGCAGGUCUAAACAUUUUACGAGUGAUAAAUGAACCCACAGCUGCAGCUAUGGCUUACGGACUCCACAAAGCUGAUGUGUUUAAUGUUCUGGUGGUGGAUUUGGGUGGAGGAACUUUGGAUGUGUCUCUGUUGAACAAGCAGGGAGGGAUGUUCCUCACACGAGCCAUGGCAGGUAACAACAAACUUGGAGGACAGGAUUUUAACCAGAGGUUGAUGCUGUAUUUAUAUGAUCAGCUCCAUCAAAUGUACGGCUCUCUGCCAACAAGAAAAGAAGAAAUACAUCACCUCAGACAGGCUGUGGAAGCAGUGAAAUUAAACCUGACUGUUCAUGAGGCAGCUACACUAAGAGUGUCAUUGACUUUACCAGAAAGGAAGCUUACAAAAGAAGUUCCAGAAAGUGAGGUAAAAACAAACACCGUGCUAAAAGAAAAGCCUUCACAAAAAACAGAUCUGAAGAAUUUUGGAGACACUCCAAAAGUAGAGAAAAAUUUUGUCAAAGUUCUAUUUGAAACAGAAAUCUCCAGGAAGCUAUUUGAGAUGUUAAACAAGGACCUUUUUGAGAAGAUCCUUGUGCCUAUUGAACAAGUGUUGAAGGAAGGCCACCUGAACAAAGCAGAAGUGGAUGAAAUUGUGUUAGUUGGAGGUUCCACCCGGAUUCCUCAAAUACGCAGAGUUAUUCAGGAUUUCUUUGGAAAGGAACCUAACACUUCUGUAGAUCCUGAUCUAGCUGUUGUAACAGGGGUAGCUAUCCAAGCAGGAAUCGUUGGUGGGUCCUGGCCACUUCAAGUCAGUGCUAUAGAAAUUCCUAAUAAGCAUUUACAGAAGACUAAUUUUAACUGA